CGGCGCAGGCGCGCGCGGCUCGGGCUGCGCUCCGCGAGGGCGGCCGGGCGUCCCUCUGCUGGCUCAGUCCGGGCUCCGGGCCCCGCGGCGGCGGCGGCACCAUGUUCCUCCACUCGGUCAACCUCUGGAACCUGGCGUUUUACGCCCUCAUGGUCUUCAUGGCCACCCUGGGGCUGUGGGACGUCUUCUUCGGCUUCGAGGAGAACAAGUGCAGUAUGAGCUACAUGUUUGAGUACCCGGAGUAUCAGAAAAUAGAACUUCCAAAGAAACUGGCAAAACGCUAUCCUGCAUAUGAAUUAUAUCUUUACGGAGAAGGAUCCUAUGCUGAAGAACACAAAAGUCUCCCUUUGACAGGUAUUCCAGUUCUCUUUCUUCCAGGUAACGCUGGAAGUUAUAAGCAAGUUCGUUCUAUUGGCUCUAUUGCACUUAGAAAAGCAGAAGACAUUGACUUCAAGUACCACUUCGACUUCUUUAGUGUGAAUUUCAAUGAAGAAUUGGUGGCACUGUAUGGUGGAAGUCUUCAGAAGCAGACCAAGUUUGUACAUGAGUGCAUUAAAACAAUUCUCAAACUCUAUAAGGGUCAAGAAUUUGCUCCAAAAAGUGUGGCAAUAAUUGGUCAUUCUAUGGGCGGCCUUGUUGCAAGAGCAUUGCUUACACUAAAAAAUUUUAAACAAGAUCUGAUAAAUCUCCUUAUUACACAAGCCACACCUCAUGUUGCUCCUGUGAUGCCAUUAGAUCGUUUUAUUACGGAUUUUUAUAUGACUGUAAACAAUUAUUGGAUUCUAAAUGCUAGACACAUAAAUUUGACCACGCUUUCUGUAGCUGGAGGAUUCCGGGAUUACCAAGUUCGUUCAGGACUGACUUUUCUGCCAAAAUUAAGCCAUCAUACCAGUGCCUUAUCUGUUGUGAGUUCAGCAGUGCCUAAGACCUGGGUCUCAACUGACCACCUCUCCAUCGUGUGGUGUAAACAGUUGCAAUUGACUACAAUUCGAGCGUUCUUUGAUCUUAUUGAUGCUGAUACUAAACAAAUAACUCAAAAUCCUAAGAAGAAAUUGUCAGUAUUGAAUCACCACUUUAUAAGACACCCAGCAAAACACUUUGAGGAAAACCCAGCAAUAAUUUCUGACUUAACAGGAACAUCUAUGUGGGUUCCAGUAAAAGUGUCCAAAUGGACGUAUGUGGCUUACAACGAGUCUGAUAAGAUCUAUUUUACAUUUCCUCUUGCAAAUCAUAGAAAAAUCUACACUCAUGUUUAUUGUCAGAGCACCAUGCUGGAUACAAAUAGUUGGAUUUUUGGCUGCAUAAACAGCACGUCUAUGUGCCGGCAAGGAGUUGAUCUAUCAUGGAAAGCUGAAUUACUGCCAACAAUUAAGUCUCUGACGUUAAGACUUCAAGACUAUCCAUCUUUGUCUCAUCUUGUUGUUUAUGUACCAUCUAUUCAUGGAAGUAAGUUUGUUGUAGAUUGCGAAUUCUUUAAAAAAGAGACGAGAUCCAUACAGCUGCCUGUAACUCAUCUGUUUUCCUUUGGAUUGUCAUCAAGGAAAGUAAUAUUAAAUACAAGCGGCCUGUUCUAUAAUAUAGAGCUCCUGAACUUUGGACAGAUAUACCAAGCUUUUAAAAUCAACGUAGUAAGCAAGUGCUCAAGUGUCAAAGAAGAAAUAACUAGUAUCUAUAAACUUCAUAUUCCCUGGUCUUAUGAAGAUUCACUAACCAUUGCACAGGCACCGUCCUCCACAGAAAUUUCUCUGAAACUGCAUAUUGCUCAACCAGAAAAUGAUAGCCAUGUAGCAUUAUUAAAAAUGUACACAUCAUCAGACUGUCAGUAUGAGGUGACGGUUAAGACUUCCUUUUCACAAAUACUUGGACAGGUGGUUCGAUUUCAUGGUGGAGCUCUUCCAGCGUAUGUCAUAUCUAGUAUCCUUCUUGCCUAUGGAGGACAGUUAUACUCUCUUUUCUCAACAGGUCAUUGCUUAGAAUACGCUGCUAUGUUGGAUAAAGAAGCCAAACCAUACAAAGUUGAUCCUUUUGUAAUUAUGAUUAAGUUUCUGUUGGGGUAUAAAUGGUUUAAAGAAUUAUGGGAUGUAUUGUUGUUACCAGAAUUGGAUGCCAUCGUUUUAACUAGUCAGAGUAUGUGCUUCCCUCUUGUGUCCUUGAUUCUCUUUCUGUUUGGAACAUGUACUGCCUACUGGGGUGGCCUCCUCUCGUCCACAUCUGUGAGACUCCUUUCUUCCUUGUGGCUCGCUUUGAAAAGGCCCUCUGAACUUCCUAAAGAUAUCAAGAUGAUAUCGGCAGACUUGCCCUUUUUAACAGUUGUUUUGAUCAUAGUUAGUUGGACGACUUGCGGAGCGUUUGCCAUACUGCUUACUUAUCUUUACUAUGUGUUUAAGAUUGUUCAUCUGCAAGCCAGCCUAACUUCUUAUAAAAAUAGCCAGACUGUGAAUCCCAAACACUCUAGAAGAAGUGAAAAGAAGUGCAGUCAGCAUAAAGACUCUGCAGCGCACCAUCGUCGUUUAUCUGCCGGUGACGCUGAGGACAGCAUCCGCAUGCACAGUACUGUGAUCAACCUGCUCACGUGGGUUGUGUUACUCAGCAUGCCGUCUUUAAUUUAUUGGUUAAAGAAUCUUAGGUAUUACUUUAAACUUAAUCCUGAUCCAUGUAAACCUUUGGCAUUUAUCCUUAUUCCAACUAUGGCAAUUCUUGGAAAUACUUACACUGUUUCAAUAAAAUCAAGUAAAUUGUUGAAGACUACGUCACAAUUUCCACUUCCUCUGGCUGUUGGUGUGAUUGCUUUUGGGUCAGCCCAUUUAUACAGGGUUCCAUGCUUUGUCUUCAUUCCUCUUUUACUCCAUGCGUUAUGCAACUUUAUGUAAGAUUGGAUUUAAGGAAUGAUAAAGAUGAUUUAUGCCUUUAGGGCCAGUAAUAAGAGGGAACGCACAGAUCCAUCAAUGUGGACAGCAAGAUCUUUUGGAGAAGACAAGUCUAUUUUUACAAUAUUGGAAAUAGGAAAUUAGUUUUGUAAUGCUUGAGGAAAGUAGUUGAAGCAUGGUUUUGUUUUGUGGUAUGGCAUCUGUGUACAAGUCAUUUUGGAAAAUUUAGUAAAAGGAUGCAGUGGCCGCUCUCUGAGGACACCUCUGCAUAUCAGCUUGUCUGCUCGAUUGGCCAUACCAGGGAUCUUCUCCUAAAUGCUCAGUAAAUGUAGCAUUGCUUGUAAUUUCACCUCAGGCAUUCUGCUCAUUUCAUCAAACAUUGUUCUGAAAAGUGGGUUACUUUGUAUUUGCUACAGUAUACUUAUUCUGAAAUACAUCUUAAAAGAUUGAUGAAAUUCACAACUGUUUGGUUUCUCAAAAAUGAAAUAGCCACUACGAGUCUUUGGCAGCCUCAGUGAACAAAGCAGAUCUUUUUUCUUCUUACAUCUAUGAAAAUAUAACCUUUAAUUCUAAGCAGACAUGUUUUCUUGGUAACAGUACAAGAUUGAUGGACGGAAACAUAAUUCAAAUUCAAAACUUAAUGAAAUUUUCUUAUUACUUUUCAAAUAUAAAUCUUAUUUUGUCCUUGGCGAAUAUCAGGAGACUAUUAAAGAGAUUUAUUGUUAAAUUUAAAGAAAAUUCUCGUAAAUAUUUACCUACUGUCAUUGAGCAGUUCAGUUGUUCAGUCUAUAUCAUUUUACUUAAUUCAUUGACCCCCGUGGCUUACAAAAGUGCCUCAGGUCAUGAUGGAUUGUUAAAAUAACUAAAUUCUGGUGGUCAGGAAAAACUCUAGGUAUGCACAGUUUUUGUCUGUUGUGGAAAAUAACAUGAUCAAGUGCAAUACCACCUUUGAUGUAUAAAAUUAUACAAUAAAUAGAACAAAUAUAAACAUAAAUUGGAGGCUUAGCCACUAAGUGGAAUCUUAAUUUGCCGUGGUGAUUACUGUUUGGCAGAUAAGAGUAAUGUUUCUAUGUCAUUUGAGAUUUCAGCUCAGCUUUAGCUACAAAAGAGUAGCAAGUAGGUAAUGGAGCUAGGCAGCUUUGCCUUAAACUAGCAUAAACUCAGGCUGAGGCAUACCUGGCUCAUGAAGUCCUUCCUUUAGAUGUGGAUGCUGUGAAUACCCAAACCUCCAAAUCAAAGUCCUUGAGUCCCAGUAAUUCUGCAUUUGCUCCUGUAAACUUGUAUCCUUGUUAGUGCCCAGGAUGUCCUAGAAUACCAGGUUCCUUCUGUCUGCCACUGCAUCUGGAUUCCUUUACAACCUCUCAGCUGUUACUGUCUGUAGAGGGUUCCCCCACUUCUCUUCUCACUCGUUCCUUAGGUCCUUGCUGUUUUGGCAUCAGUUGAAGCCGUUCUUGCUGUCAUCUCUGAGGGUUUAAGUUUGUUUGAUUUCCUUGUCAUCUUUCCCAACUUCCUGCCUGUUGUUCAGUAUUCAUGCUUUCACUUACUGAGACAUUAAAGGGAAGUAGUAACCUCAUACUAGAUAUGGCAGACAUACCAGGCUCUUGUUUGUUUGAGGGACGUAGCAAAAGGGAUAAAAUACAAAAUGAUCGUGUGUUCAGUAUCUAAAAGGAAAGAGAAUUUAUUAGAAUAUAGACUUAUCCCAUGGCAUACCACAUAUAUAUUUAAAUAAGGACGCGUCUGCCUGUGUUUAGCUAUGCAUAUACUCAUAAACAACUUUUGUACAUGUGGUAUCUUUUGUUUUUUCCGUGAUAUUAUAGUUGUAUUUCAAAUUACAGGUUAAAUGUGUCAUUCAGCUCUUUCUGAAUUUGAAUUUAGGUCUGUAUACAGAAAGAACUUUAGAAAAUUCAUUAAUUCGGAUCUUCUAUUGACAGCCAUAAUCAUUGUGUUUAUGUGAUCUAAAGUCUCAUUAUUUAGUCAGUAUUGCUCAUGAAUAAAAUGUAACAAGCUUAAAUUUCUCAUUUGUGAAUAAUACAUUAGCUUUUAAAAGCAGCAGACUAGACACACUAGUUCUAUAUUUUCAUGAGUGUAGUUAACAUCAAGUCCUAAAGUCUUAUUUAUUCCAACAAAAUAUUUCAUUUUAGGACUGUAAAACAGAUUCUAAUUAAACAUUUUAGAAGCAACAUUAGGUUGGAUCUUUAGCCAUCAUAUGCAUAUAGAUAUAUAAAGGCAUGUAUGUAUACUUACAUUUUGACGGGGUCUUCAUCAAGUCCUGAUGCACUUUAAACCCAGAUAACCACCAGAGAUGAGAAGGUAGGCUCUGUCUGAAGAUGAGCCAAACUAAUGUUUCUGUCACUUGAGAAAAGGAAAAGUCCUUUUGCCUUUAAAUUACACAUUGUUUCUGUCAUGCUUACAACCUAUAUUAUUAGCUGCUAAAACAGCACAGGUUUAUUAGCAAUGUUACUAAAAAUGAAAUUGUUUAUUGGUAGUUAGGAUUAUCUAGUUCAGCAGACUUCUGAGCUCUACUGUUACAACAUUUUUAUUUAGAAUUUGUUGAGUUUUGAGUAAGUUUUGUGCUUAUAGAAGUUACUCCUGGGCCCUGUUGUUGAUAACUGGAUCAAGCGUAGACUGGGCAGAAAAACAGUGAGUGCUUUCAGUGUUUCUGAAGCCCCCUGCUCUGGAGUCACGACUCUUAUAAUUUGGAACUGAUACUAUGAUAGAAAUCAUUAAUACUCAUUUUUCUAGAUCCUUUUUGUCCCGGAAAUUAAACAGGUUCUGCUAACUCUUUUCUUGGUUGUCACCAGAGUGAAAAUAUUCAAAAUAGCAGUCCUAGAAAAGCCAUUUGUGCCUGGUUAACAUUGAUUUUGGAUCUCUCAAUGUAUAUUGAUCAUGUAUUGAUUAAUUUUUUUUAUUAUUUUGGUUAGAUGAAUUCAGAUGUAUGUAAUGGAUACCUUUUCUUGAUUGAACUACAGUGUGAUGUCUACAGGAGUAUACAGUAAGGAAAAAGAAAGAACUAUAGUAGGCCUAGCAAAUGUUUGUUGUUGAUGAUCCUGUCACUCAUGCAGGUGGUGCGUGUUUCCACCACACACAUGCUUAUAUGGUGCAGAUUACGUGAUUUGUUCAUUAUCUAGUUCCUGUGCUUUUCUUAACUCUUCAGACUUUCCGUUUAUAGCCUACUUUGUUCAUUUCACCUCAUUGCUCAUUAGCACCUGUUCCAGAAGGUGAUCAAGGGAAGUAAAAGGAGAGAAAGCUCAAUUUUCAGUUUAGUUCUUGAAAGCUCUGGUGAGAAUGAGGGAAAAACAAAGAUUAUGAGAUAAACUAGGGCUGUUGCUUCCUGAAUCCCAGAUAAUUCAGUUGGCCUGUAUUUUCAUCUUAGGCAUUAAGUCUAAAUUAGUAUAAUGUCUUGCUUUAUUGUGAGGUUUAAUGCAAAACUUUACAGUGCUGAAUUUGCAAUUUUAGUAACUUGUUAUUAAAAUCAGUUGAGAAAAAUCAAAAAAAUGUGUUGGGACCUUCUAUGACUAGGCAUUUGUUGGUUAUUUUUCAUCAUCACUUUUUGUUUUCUCAGUGUUUUAGAUUUAUAUAGCUGCACAUAUAUAUCAGAGGAAACAAGAUAUCUUGUGAAGUUUUUUGGGGAAAGUCAAUUUGGAGAGCAUGACACUCCCCAGGGUAAAGGAAGCAAUAAAAAUAUCUUUGUGUUAUAAAAUUAGACCCUGGCAGAAAACUUCCUUGCCACAUAAGGUAAAUGUAUAAGAUAGUUUUACAAAAUAGUAAGAUGAUUGGGAGCUGAAACUUUAUCCCAGUCUUUUUGAACAAAGGACAACAUUUCAAGUUCUGUGAAGGACUUUUAUUUAUACAUAUUACUCAUGCAUUCUUUCACAGUAGGUUUUAACAGGCUGAGGAAACAGAAAGUCUGUGAGGCUGCUUGUGUUCUUUGCUUUUAAUAAGGAUGAUAGGAGGGAAAAGUCAGGUCAGUACUCCAAAUCCGGAUAUGUGUACUGUAAAUGCUCAAGAAUUCACUUUUUUUUUGGAUACAUUAUAUUAUGAGUACAAAUGACUGAAUUUUGUAUAUUAACUUAGUUUUAAGAAUGAAAUAAAAUUUAGAAGUAGUGAGACUGGACUAUUAUUUCAUUAAUAGUAUAAAUGUAAAAGUACACCUGAAUUGAUAACAUAAUUUUCAAAAGUUCGAUGAUAUUCUAAGCUACAUCUUGAUUACAUUGUCUAUAGCUGAAAAUUUUUAAAUCAAAUACAGUACUUUCUAAAAGUGUUUGGCAUGUUGUGCUGCAAAAAAUGACUAUGUUUUGAAAUACCAAGUAACCAGUUAAUUUCUGAUGACUUUGUAUAGGACUUGAUAUAUAUGAGUCAGAAUUAUUCUGUACAUUGUAACUUUGAAGACUUAUGAAAAACUGUCGAUGUAUUUUGAUUAAUUAGUGUAAAUUUGUUUGCAUAUUUGAAUCCUAGUCUUAGUUUAGGACGUCUAAAAUAGCCAUUUUUGUAAAGUUCAUAUGCUAUUUUUUUUAAUGUUAUUUUGGGUUUUAGUAUUUAUAUAGUAGUAAUGUUACCAGUAAAAGAUUUAUAGACAAAGCAUAGAACUAUUAACUAUUCAAAAGCCUAAAAGAUAGGCACAUUUUGUAUUUCAUGUUGCACCUGUUAUGUUUCAUACUGGACUUUUUACAUCCCUUUUUUAGGAAAAAAACACAUUUGAGUUUUUUUAGCAUAAAACUCUACAUUGGAAAAGAUAACUGUAUUCAUAUGGUUAGCAAAACACACUUUGCCACCAAAGCUAAAUGAAACUGUAAAAUACCUCCAGAUAUUUGUGCCAAUGAACUUUUCUUAGCAUAUUGGGAUUAAAGCAAAAAUACUCUUUUCAGUAUUUUUCAUCUAGGACUUAUAUUAAAUAUGUAAAUCAUUAAAACUUAUAGUCACUACCCUAAUUUUUCUUUACAAAUAUAUAAGGCUUAUAGUGCAGGCUUAUAUAUAGGCUUAUAUUCUAUUUUGCCUGAUUUCUGGAAUAAUAUUCUCUGAUUUUAUUAAGUAAAAGGUAAUUACCCAAUAAUGAUCUUUCAGUAAUUAAUUGAAGUAAUCAUUUGAAGUAAUCCUGCUUCAGAUUCAUUCUGUGCUGUAAAAAUUGAAAUUUUGUUGCUCAGAUCAUUUUUGGUACAUGUCUCAUUUAUGUAAUAGAAAGUUUACUGUGGAGUUUCUUUUUUUCCUGUGUGUUUUCAUUCAGUCUGCAUAAGUCACAUGUUUCAUAGGAGGAAAUUAUCCACCAGAACCUAACAUAGUGCAGUUAAGUGAACAUUUUAAAAUGCAUAUCUUAAAGGAAAAUAUUAUAAAACAAUCAAGAUGUUAAUGCUAAAGUGUUAACAUUGCUGUGGUGUUGUACUCAUGAGAGAAAAGUAGAAAUAUGAUAGAAACUGUUGUGUGUUUCUGGUUGAAAUUCUUUAAUUUCUCCACCAUAGAAAUUCUCAAAGGGAAUUUCAGUCCCUCAUAGUGUAGUUUUCCCCACCAUUUAAGGUCAGUGAACUGUUUCUCUGCCCAGAAGUGUGAUGCAGUUUGCAUAAGUAGCCUUGAAGGAAAGAGGCAGCAGAGAAAGCCGAAUAGUAAAAUGUUUGGCCUUGAUUUAGUGACAGUUUAUCCAAUUAUCUGAUGGGCACAGUGGACGAUAUGAGGACAAAGAUGGUAUAUAAAUGUACAAGACCUAAAAAUUCACUGAACGUUGUUUCUUAGAAUGAAUUUGUCCUUUGUGUUGAAUAAUUUUAUGCGAAGUAGGAGAUACCUGUGUUUAACAUAACCGUGCUUUCUACGUAAUCAAAUAUGUAUUUGUUAGAAAGUUGGUAGAAAUAACCUUCUCUUUCUCCACUGUGGAGGAGAAAAAACCUCCAAUUUUUAGUGUAUAUAAAUUAGGAAAUUGUAUUGUGUAUUUACAUUUUAAAAAAUAUAAAAAUGACUUAAAUAUAUUAUUUUGAAGUGAUUGUAUUACAGUUUCUUAAACAUAGGACUAACUAUAAAUGUAGCAGCGUACCCAUGAGAAACCAGACCAAAAUUGAAUGCAUAUAAUCACUGUGACCUUGAACUUAUAGUCGUUUGGGAUAAAACAGACUGUGCCUUAAAAUGAUGAAGGAAUGCCCUGCAAUUUUAUAACUGUAUAUUUUAUUAUGGGUGGUCUUCUCAAAUUGGCCCCAAAACCUUUACUUUGAGGUUGGUGAAAUAAAAGUUUAAAAUGAAAGUUGACCAGUAUUUCCCUUAGUGUUUGCAGAACCAUUGCUCUAGAGGCCUCCCUUAGUUUCCAGGGUUCUCAUUCGAAUUAAAAAUGUCUUACACCUUAUAGACAUAGAAAAUUAAGUUUGGCUAAAAUUUCUGAAAAUAAAUUUAUUUUAACAGCAGGUGGUGGCACUUCUGUUCUGAACUUUUUGCACAUGGAAAAAAUUAAUCUUCGAAUGUAAUUGUUUGUCUUUUAAUGAAUAAUCUAUCAAAAGCACGUAUUCUUCCCUAAGACCUAUACUUGUUUUUCCUCAGAUUAUCAAGGCUUGUAUUUGUAUAUCAAAUAAAGUUAGUUUACCCGAUAAUUAUUUUUCCAUAAUUAAACUCGGAUUCAUGUAGUAUAUUUUAAAAUAUUAUUUUCCAUUUUUCUUUUUUUCUUUUUCCUUCUUAAUUAUUUUUAAGGUAUCAAGAGAGAACUGGCUCCACUCUGGGGGGCUUUUUUUAAUGUAAAGACUUGCAUUUUUACUCUGCUUAUUUGAAAUAAUGGAUAUAAUUUCUAUUAAAACAAAUUAUUUCAUCCGUAGGACAUUCAUGGUCUCUGCUAAAAGCCAUCCACAUCUCUGUAUACUCAGAAUUUGUUGUAUGUUUUUCAAUAUCAACUUUGGACAUAAACUCAACACCUGUCUUUCUUCCUAUUUCAUCUCCACUACCUCCCUCCAAAGUCAAAAAUACAGGUUUCUCUAAAAAUAUGUUGAAAGAGAACAUGUCUUUCCUUAAAGUAUGGUCAAAUUGAGAUGGAAGUAGUUUGGGCAAGGGUAUGUAAUAAAAUACAUGGCUGUCUUCUGCAUCAGUUUUUAUAUUAUAGUUAAAAGUUUCUAGAGAACAAACAAUUUGUUAUGCUGAGGUAGACUCAGUAAUCAUUUAUUGGAAAAUUGAUCAUUUUGUUCUCAUUGAGAAAACGCAGUGCAUAGUAAUAAUACUUAACAGUGCAAAGGAACUUGCCUAUCGUGUAUGCUGAAAAGUGACUGUCACCUUACAGAUCUUUCCAUUUAAACAUGCAUGAUUUUGUCCAGUACUUUGUACAAUGUAUGGUGUACUGAAUACACUUAGGUGUAAUUUUGUGUGUAUUUUUUGUAUGGUAUAAUUAACAUUAUUACAUUUAACUGGUUGUAAUUCACAAAAAGUGCUAUUUAUUGUACUCUGUAGAGUGUUGUGAAUGUUUUUAUCUGUGUUUCAACAUUAUGGUGUAGGGUUUAAUAGAUGAAUAUUUGCCUUCAGUCUCCGCUCAGGUAUUAAUGUGUAGCAAUUUUUGGUGCUUUCUUUUUAAUCUGUCAUAAUCUGAUGUUCUGAAUGUUCAACAAUAAAUUUGGUGGACAAGAA